AUGGACUACUCCUACCUCAAUUCCUAUGACUCGUGCGUGGCGGCCAUGGAGGCGUCGGCCUACGGCGACUUUGGCGCCUGCAGCCAGCCGGGAGGCUUCCAGUACAGCCCCCUGCGGCCUGCCUUCCCCGCGGCCGGGCCGCCCUGCCCGGCGCUCGGCUCCUCCAACUGCGCCCUGGGAGCCCUCCGCGACCACCAGCCCGCGCCCUACUCAGCAGUGCCCUACAAGUUCUUCCCGGAGCCGUCGGGCCUGCAUGAGAAGCGUAAGCAGCGGCGCAUCCGCACCACGUUCACCAGCGCGCAGCUCAAGGAGCUGGAGCGCGUCUUCGCCGAGACCCACUACCCGGACAUUUACACGCGCGAGGAGCUGGCGCUCAAGAUCGACCUCACUGAGGCUCGCGUGCAGGUCUGGUUCCAGAAUCGCCGGGCCAAGUUCCGCAAACAGGAGCGCGCGGCCAGCGCCAAGGGAGCAGCAGGCUCGGCGGGCACCAAAAAGGGCGAGGCGCGCUGCUCGUCCGAGGACGACGACUCCAAGGAGUCCACGUGCAGCCCCACGCCCGACAGCACCGCGUCGCUCGGCGGGCCAGGCGCGGGCGCGGCCGAGCUGCUUAAGGCCUGGCAGCCGGCAGAGCCCGGACCAGGGCCCUUCUCAGGGGUGCUGUCCUCUUUCCACCGGAAGCCCGGCCCCGCCCUGAAGUCCAAUCUCUUCUAG